GCAAAAACUAAAACGCAGGUUCGCUUAAUUAACUUAUUGAGUUAUCCACCAUAACAUUUAUGAUAUUUGUUUAAGAAUAGAAGUUGAAAUCCCUAAAAUAACGAAAAAUGUCGGAAGCCCAAAAUAAUGCAUGCAGUGAUGCUAGUAAAGAGCCGACUGAAUCAGCAAAUGACUCGCAGGAAUAUUUAGAACCACCCACCCAAAGUCCUCAAAAUCCUGUUGAGCAAUCUCCACCUGCAGUUUGCCAAAUUCCACAACACCCUCAAGAUAAUCAAAAGGAUGACAACGCCAAUACAAAAGAGUCUAUCGCUGAAACAAACAAUAAUGAGGCUGGUACUAUUUUACAGUUGCAACAAGAAAUACAAAAACGAACGAGCGAACGAGACGACUUUCGCAAGAAGCUUGAGGAGACCGAGCGCAAGCUCAACGCUGCCCUGGCAAUCGUCUCUCCAAACAACCUCACAAACGGCGUAGGUAGCGACGAUGGUAAUCUUCGUCGUGAACUCGACGAUCUGAAAAGCAACCUAGCUCAAACGAAACUCGUACUGGAUGACCGUGAACGUCGCGUUGUGAGCCAAGAGAAUCAAAUAUUAGCGCUGAUCAAGCAAGUAAGCUCGCUCAAGGAAGUCGUGGCUAUCACCAAGGACAUGCUCAACAUUCGGAACAUGGAAGUGAAGCAUUUGCAAGAUGAUGUCGACAAGAUGGAAUCAAGGAUCACUGCUGAACGCGACCGACAUAACGCGAUGCUGGAUAAGAUGGAUGCUGCGGUCAGACUCAACGCUGAUUUGAAGAAAGAGUAUCAAACGCAGCUGCAGUUGUUUCAAGAUCUUCGUGGCAAGUACGAAGAAAAAGUAACACUGCUCAGCGAGGAGAAUAAAGCUCUCGAGACUGCUGUACAGGCACAACCUGCUCAAUGACUAGUAUACCGUCUUUACAAGUCAGCCAAGAAGGAUCCGUGAUUUUUCUUACUCUGCUCUUUCUCUUAUUUCAAUAGUUUUUGUAUGCGAUUCUACCGUUCGACUAUUUUUCAAAUUUGAAUAGCGCAUAAUUCUUUUAGACUCGAUUCUACCUUGUGCUAUUAUGUUUGCUAGUUUUCUCAAAAACUAUAUGAUACGUUUUUUGAAUGAAAUUUGAAAAAUAAAUUAAAUGUGUAAUAGAAAAUUUUAUACUACAUAAUUAUUUCAUAUGUGUUAAUAUCAGAUGUGCAAUUUUGACAAUAAAAAC